UUGAACGCCAGUCGAGCGACGAGCGUCGAACAGGGUGCUCGUGCUCUCUCUCUCUCUCUCUCACACACACACUUAUUUUAUAAUAAUUAUCAAACGAAGCCGAAAAGCAACUAUGAAGUUUACACGAGAACAUUGCAAGAACCAAACUCAGAAAAUUCAGCGCUGACCAAACCGUAACCGGAUAAUAUCAAACAAACAAUAGAGAAAAUUGAAAAGAGAAAAGAUGGUGAUAAAAAAAGUGUGAGAGUAAACGAUGGCGGACAAGUUGCACGAGUACGAGGGUUUGUCGGGUCGGGUUCACGGGAUUCGCGACAAGGCCCGCGAGAAGUGGGAUGAGUGGAAGGAGUUCAAGAGCGCGAUACCUACCGACCGAGGCCUCGAAGGAGUGAUAAGCCACCUCCGAGGACCACCCAAGCUCGAACGCACCCUCGACGACUAUGCACACCUUUACAGGAGGAAGACGCGAUGGGAGUUGGUGCGAGUGUCAGCUGCGGUGAUGGGUAUCGAGUUCUCGUAUGCCGCAGAGACGGCCUUCGUCUCGCCGACGCUACUGAAGAUCGGCGUUGAUCACCAGCACAUGACAUUGGUCUGGGCGCUGAGCCCGUUGAUGGGCUUCUUCGUGACCCCGAUACUUGGCAGUGUUAGCGAUCGCUGCCGGCUCAAGCAGGGACGUCGCAGGCCCUUCAUACUACUUCUCGCUAUCGGAGUGUUCAUCGGAUUGAUUCUGGUGCCGAAUGGCGAGUCGAUGGGUUACGCCUUCGGCGACACUCGUUCCAAUUUCACAGCAGUACUCGGUCAUCGGACAACAGCCAAAGUCGCCACGACCAGUAGCUUGCCGCCGCCGUCGCCACCGAGCUCGCAUCCCUGGGGCAUAUUUUUCACCAUUCUCGGUACAGUGUUGCUUGACUUUGACGCCGAUGCUUGCCAGAGCCCAUCCCGAGCUUAUCUACUUGACGUUACCCUGCCAGAGGAUCACGCCAGAGGUCUAAGCACAUUCACAAUAAUGGCAGGCUUGGGAGGUUUCAUGGGUUACGGUUUGGGUGGCAUCAAUUGGGACGCCACUGCUAUCGGCAUAGCAUUAGGUGGCCACCUGCAUGCUGUUUUUACUCUCAUCACCAUCAUCUUUGUCUUUUGUGUCGCCAGUACACUCACCAGCUUCAAAGAGAUACCACUUGACUUCUUAGAAAGCGACGCGUGUAGACAGCAAUUGCAGCAAAAGUUGGAGGACGAGCGGCGGGAGAAUGAAAAGGAAAAAAUCGCUGGCGACGAUUCCCAUUCUUACGGAACACUCGGAAAUGAAUCGGAAAUUAACAGUGACCAAGUUGAGGAAAUUCCAAUGAAGCCUAUGCCGGAGGAAACGAUUCGCAAACCUGGCGGAGUGCCAUUGAUCCCAGAUGUGCAGCCAACUAUCGAGGAUGGCUACGCAUCUUUGAAUGCCGAAGGGGCAGCCAAUCCAAAAGCGACGAUUCGCGAAUAUCUGACUUCUAUAAUUUACAUGCCGCACAGUAUGAGAAUGGUGUGCCUAACUAAUUUGUUUUGCUGGAUGGCACACGUGUGUUAUUCGCUUUAUUUCACGGAUUUCGUCGGUGAAGCGGUCUACGACGGCGAUCCUAAGGCUCCCGAAGGAUCGAUAAAGCGUGAAUUAUACGAAUCUGGGGUGAGAUUUGGUUGCUGGGGAAUGUCCAUGUACUCGUUGUCCUGCGCCUGCUAUUCCUUGGUUAUCGAGAAGCUUAUUGAACGAUACAAGGCAAGGAAAGUUUACAUUUGCGGCCUAUUGUUUUACAGCUGCGGUAUGAUGUUGAUGGCUUUGACGAGACACCCGGCUAGUGUCAUUAUAUUCUCAUGGACUGCUGGUGUCAUGUAUUCGACGCUCUUCACUAUGCCGUAUUUGUUGAUCGCACAUUAUCAUGCUUCCGGCACAUUCGAAGUGACAGCCGAAGGAGAAGCCAUUCACGCGGAAGGUGUUCGUGGCCUUGGAACAGACGUCGCUAUUGUUUCGUCAAUGGUGUUCCUCGCGCAGUUUAUGCUAUCCUGUUGCCUCGGCACUAUCGUCCGUAUCGUAGGCUCUACUACUGCAGUCGUAUGCGUCGCCAGUACACUUGCCGCUUGCGGCGCUCUUUCCGCCACUCAGAUCAUGUAUCUUGAUCUGUAAUUACCAUGACAAUGUAAAUGUACUUUUGACAAUAAGAUUGAACUUUCAAUGUAACUCUGUAAAUUUCAUUUGAACUUAUCGGUCAGACGAUUCGCGAAAAUCCUAUUGCAUUUGCAGAAAUAACAUUUUCGUAUGAUGGCACGUCCGAAUUUCCGGUAUAAUUUUGCUACACAUCAUUGUCAAUAAUUUUUAUUGAGUUCUGUGUAUGAAAGCAAUUGUCCAGCAUUGCAAAAAAUAUGAAAUGUUCAUCAAAAAGCGUAUAUUAUAAAUAGAAUAAUUUUCUCACGAUAAAAAAUUUUCAGAAUUUGGAAUAAAUUUGUAUCGCAAUAUUUAUAUCACGACAAAAAAUAAAAUUUUGAAUUUGGAAGAAAUUUAUAUCGCACACGAUAAAACCAAAUCAAUAAUUCUAAUUAACACGAUGGAACUCAAUCAAAGAAUGCCUUUGAAAGAGUUUGAUAAAAAUUAAUGAUUUUUAAAGGGAUGAGUCUUCCCAUAUAAAUAUUAGUUUCUAUUCAAGCAAUAUUUCAUGUAUAAUACCGUUAAACAUCUUCCGCAAAAGAGUAGAUAUUUUAUUUAAAAAUGUACGAGCUUAGCUCAACAGAUUAUACUACUCACGCGAUUCACUGAAAAUAUUCAAGGAAAUCGAAUUCGGACGUCCAUGUAUUUAUUUAUGAGCAAAUUUGAGGUGUGCUGUGUUAUGCUACGAAUUUAUAAUUAUUGUAUUAUAUAUUUUCUUAGAUCGCGAAGACACUGAAAAGGGAUAAAGAAAAACGUUUUGUUUUUCUCUAUAUCGUUAUUUAGUUUACCAUAAGAAAUGAAUCACAGAUUUCCCGGAGAUAAGAGAUAUGUUUAUUUUAUUAGACAAAAAUACUAAUUAGUGAAAGAUUUGUCUGAAAAGCAUAGUCGUAAAAAAUACGUCUAUAGAAAAGUUACUUUCGUCAAUAUUUCAUAAAAAUUGUGUUCGUGAUAUAUUUAUUUGAAAAAUGAGAAGUUAUCAGCGUACAAAUUAAUAUUGUUAUCAUUAUCGUCAUCAUGUAUGCCAAAAAAAUUAUGUCGGACGAAAUGAUGUAACACGAGAGGAUAUUCAUGGGUAUACAUGCAUUUAUUUAUGCAUAUGUGUAAAAUGUAAAUAUACAAGUAGUCCUGAAUUGAAUCGGAAUAAAGAAAUGUAUUCUUCGUACUUUGAAAAGUUCAUUUAUUUCAAUAGUGAAUAUAACAACUACAAAUCUCGUAGUAAGUGCAAUUACUUUAUUUAUCGCACGUUUUAUAAUAUAUAUUUCUAAUUAAAGUCAUAAAUCCGUCGUCAUAAUCACACCAUCACCCUGUAAUUUUUUU